GAACUUAGAGAGAAAAGAAAAAAAAAAAAAAAAAAAACUGAAAACAACAGUCAUAAUAUCAUAUACAAAAUCCACAAACUGAAAAUAAAAAUAAAAAAAGACAAGGGUUUUCAAUUUUCCCUUCUUUUCUCUCUCCCACGUUUUUUUUUUCCUCUCCUCUUUUUGUAUUUUUCUCUAGAUUUUAUUUUUUUCAUUUUUCCCUCGCUUUACCUCGAUAUAUAUAUUUCAAUAAUUCUCCGGGAAGCUGGAAGAAACUAUAAUUUCCAUUUUCCCGUGAGAAAUUCACCUCCAUUUCUCAGCUACAGCUAUUAUCUCGUUUUGUUUUUCAGGAAUUUGUAUUGUGUGUUGCAAUUGAGGGAAGGGGGAAUUCAUCCUAUGUGAAGCCGAGGGGAUAAAUACAUUAAACAUUUUAUCGGAGAGGGAGGGAUUGAGAGCUUGUUGUACAGGAUUAAUCGUCUUUCGGUUUGUGAAAUUUGUGUUUUUUUCACUUUCUUUUGUAUUUGUAUUUGAGGUUUGACGAUUGAUUGGAUGUGCAUUAGAAUAUGGAUUCUCAAAAUUCGGGCCCGACGACCAGCCAGGUCAACUGUUGUGAUUGCGGGUGCAGCAGUUGUUCUGGGAUGAACAGGUCCUAUUCAGGGACUUGGCUCCGAUCUGUGAAGCGAAAAUUCGAUGAAUAUAAUGAGAAUAAGUUUAUGAUCCCAGGCUUUGUCUUACCUCUAAAUGCUCGUAUUGAAAUCGAAAAUGAAUGUACAGCACUUAGGGAAAUGGUAAGUAAGCAACAACACUCAAUUCAGGAUUUAAGUGCUGAGUUGGAGGAAGAAAGAAAUGCAUCAUCCUCGGCGGCCAACGAGGCAAUGUCAAUGAUUUUGAGGUUGCAAGGAGAAAAGGCAGAGGUUCAGAUGGAAUUUAAACAAUUCAAGAGGUACACUGAGGAGAAAACGGCGCAUGAUCAGCAGGAGAUUAUGGCAUUGGAGGAUUUGUUAUACAAGAGGGAGCAAACAAUUCAAUCAUUGACUUGUGAGGUGCAAAUGUAUAAGCAUAGAAUGAUGAGUUAUGGGCUAACAGAAUCUGAGGCUGAUGGUGAUUGUGAGACAGAAAAGGGCCGUUUUAGUCGGAACAAUAGUAUGUCCGAGACUAUCAAUGGGCAAUUCGACGCUCCUCCAUUUGAUUACCCUCCGUUGAAAUGCACUAUUAAUGAGAAUCAAGUAUACACAGAGUUUGAUAAUGAGACUGUUGAUGUUGAGAAAUAUGCAUUUGAAGAGACCCCACGUUCAUGCGACCAAUUGCGCGAUUUGGAGCAUAGGAUCAAUCAGUUGGAGAGGACACCAAGAAGCACUGAUGGGGAUCUUUUCAAGAACAACAUACUUGAAAAAGUGAUAGUUGGUCAUUCCCCAAGGAGGAAUAGACAUCUUAGAAAAUUUUCAACUGAUAGUGUAGGAUCUCCCUUUAUUACAAAUAAAGAAAUUAACUCAGAUUUCAUCUCAGAUUCUCCAAGGUUUGGUGGAAGUAUUAGAAAAACAGAGUAUUCACAAACAGAAGAGCGUUCAAACUUGAGGAAAGUGGAUAAUUCAUCAGAAAUUGGAGAUGACAUGAGUGACCGAGUUUACACAAUUGAUUCUGUACAUCAGGGGGCUGGAUAUAACGGUGUGUCAGAACUCAAGGCUUCAGCCGCAAUGACGGAUGACUAUACCCCGAGGGAUUCAGUGAAUCAUACAGACUUUGGAGAUCCAGAGGUCACAAAGUUGUAUUUUAGGCUUCAGGCACUUGAGGCUGAUCGGGAAUCAAUGAGACAGGCUAUGAUUGCUAUGCGGACUGAUAAAGCACAGGUAAUAUUGCUCAAGGAGAUUGCUCAGCAAUUAUGCAAAGAGAUGUCCCCAGCCGUGAGAAAACCUGCAAAGAAGCCAUCCCUAAUUGGGAGCUUUUCAUUCUUGUCUGUAUUCAAGUGGAUCACAUGCUUUGUUUUGUGGAGAAGAAAAGCCCGCAGAUGCAAGUACACGUUUGGAACAUCCACCAACAAUGCAGGCUUGCUAAUGCUUUUAGACAAGGGACCUCGCGUGGGGCAGUGGAGAUGUCUGAUGAGUACGCAGGUGUAAAACCAGCUCCUGCUCUCCUAGUAUUCCACAUCGAUUACUGAAGACUGUAUCAUAAACGUCAGUGCGAAAUGGAUUGUAGUCAGAUUGAUUGCUUCUUCAUAUUACUUUCUUUCUUCCCCUGUAUUCCUUGCUGCUCCAAAUUGUGGGUUCACUCUGCGCUGUGUUCUUGGAAUUGUAACAUUUGGCUGAACCAGUGUCAUCGAAAAUAUAGAUGUUCCACUGCCAAUUUGGAACUUGUGAAUAAUUGUGACCAUAUAUGUCUUGUUUGGAUUCUGCUCAAGGUUUCCUUUUCCUUUUUUCUGUAUAUUACAAGCUGUGAAUGAAUUUUUUCUCUUGUUACUUUUUCUUUUUGUCAA